AUGGAUUCGAUGGAAAUAGUUUGUCCUACGUAUAGUAUGCAUGACAAUAUUGAUAAGUAUGAGCAACUUAUCGUUCACCAGGUAUCUGAUUUAUCAUUUAUGAGCUGUGAAUUGGAUAGCCGUUCGCAGGCAUUUCUCAUAUGUGAUUCGCCUUUAGCAACGACAUCCAUCAGUCAUAAAAUUGUAUUUCGCCAAUUUUCUCCUUUACCAAAUGGUUUUGAAUAUCAGCCAGGCCGAUCGUAUUAUUUGAUUACAACAUCAAAUGGAUCCACAGAAGGUAUGAACAAUACGCGGUUGGGACUUUGUGUUACUGCGAAUAUGAGGUUGCGCAUCGAUGUUCGGCCUUUAAGUGAUCACUUUUAUCCAAGUUCUGAAGAAGGGAAGAAUCCGAAGUCUGCGUCAGAGUCAUCGGAAACCGAAAGAACUGAAAAAGAAGACUGGUCUCGAAAUCGUCGUGUAAAGCCAUCUGCAGAUGACAAAACAAAGACAGAACAAGAUAUUGACAGCCUAAACAAUGAAUCACAGAAGUUCGCUGAAAAACACGGUUUUGAUUUAACACGACUAGAAUACGUCAGGCAGUUAGCGAUAGAUGGCGUUGAGGGCGAUUUCUCGUUUCGGAAACUUGAAAAUGGCUCCAUGAAGGCUUCGGUGGACUCAUCAGAGGCGACCUUUGCUAGUGGUCCGGGGCGGCCAAGAUUUUCAAGUGCACUUUCUGACCGUGAAACGUUCCAAUCGACGAGUAGGCAGGCACAGCGGUGGAUUUUGAAGGAAAUACAAAGCAGAUUUAGUGCUUCGCGGGAUGUUUUUCCCGAACAGAAUAUAAGUGGUAGAGAAUCUGCGAAGGAUUAUGUUGUAGAUGAUGUAUCCGGUGGAGGCGCUAUGUUUGGACUGCUAGAAGUUAAAUAUGUAAUUAUCAAUAUAUUGUUAUUGUUGUUAUGGAAUUCAGGAAGAUGA